AAUUACAUAACAGAUUACAAAUUUCUUGUUUGUAUUUCAACAGUGAAGUUAUUUACUUUUUAUUUAAAAUUUGACAUGAUCUAAAGAUUCAUUAAAAAAAAUAUGAAAUCUGAUCUCAAUAUUAUAGAUGAUCAAACAAAAACUACCCUUUCUAAAAACGAUAUUAAAGUUAUUUGCAUAUUGAUCUCUAUGGUUAUACCAUUUUAUACUGCAGUUGAAAUAUCGACUUUUAUAUGUGAUCAGUUUACUUUCUACAGUUUCCUAACACAGCGUGGAUUACCUUAUGGAUAUGGUAUAUCUACUGAUGGAAAUAAUUCUACAGAAAUAAAACUCAAACAACACGAUGCUCAAAAGCAAACAUCAUUAGUACAGUCAUCAAAUAACUUUGCAGCAGUUGCUCCUGGUUUAAUAUCUACUCUAUUAGUUGGUUAUAUAUCAGAUCGUUUUGGACGAAAAAUUGCUUUAGGAAUCCUCAUAGCUGGAGAAGCUGCACAAGUGGUGGCUGUCGCUGUUGUAGUUUUCUUUCGUUUAACACCAUGGGCAUUAGUUGCUUCAAAUGUACUAGAAGGUUUAAUUGGUGGUGGUUUACUAUCAGCUAUUGCUCAAUUCUCCGUUUGUAUUACAGAUUUAACGAAUUAUGAUCAACUUAAAAAAUUUACAUCUAUUCCGAAAUCUGUGUAUGAACGUCGACGUUGGAUAUUUUUAACACUUAUUGAUGGUUUAGCUUGUUUAAGUUUGGCAAUCGCUAGUAUGAUUGCAGGUUCAUUAAUUCAUACAUAUGGUUUCAAUAUUACAAUGAUGGUUUGUAUUCUAAUCUAUUUACCAGUUAUAAUAUUGAUAUUCUUUUUACCUGAAACAAAUAAUGUUAAACAAUUAAAAUAUGAUACUGAAGUCAAUGUAUAUAAUCAUGAUAAACUACCAAAUAAUGUACAUUUAACAAAAAUGAAAUUAACUUGUUGGCAAAUAUUUUAUCAGAAAAUUAAACAAACAAUAAUGACUGUAAUAUCUUCCAAUCCAGUUUUAAUAAUAAUCUUAGGAAUUCUAUUUAUUGUAUCUGUUUCGGCAAUGGUAGAUUCACCAUUUGUUACGGUAUACUUAAUGAGUGAACCAUUUUGGUGGAAUUCAAGGAAGCUAGGAUUAAGCAAUGGUAUAACAGAAGCAUGUUCAGCAUUAUUAUCUAUAAUAAUUGUAAAUAUACUGGCAAGAAUUCAAUUAUCUCAAUCAACAAGUUUGAAUAAUAAAAACAAUCAUGAAUUGAAUGAUGAUAAUGAUGAUGACGACAAUAAUCUGACUGAAAAUAAAAUCAAUUUUAAGUUUCAGAAUACAUUGUUCAAUUUACUAAUAUUUGCAUUAAGCUUAAUGUUCUUAAAUAGAAUUAUGAUGACAAUAGCAUAUUUGUUCUCAUCGUUUACAGCGAAUAUAAUUGUUUAUAUUGGCUUAGUUCCGAAACUAGCGAAGAAUAUUAAUUUCCCUUUAUUGCGUACACUGAUCACUAAUUGGAGUGGGACUCAGCGAACAGGUUUGAUUCUUUCAUUCGCUUCCUUCAUAUCAAGAAUCGGUCUAUUAAUCAGUGUAAGCGCUUUACCUUUGGUUUAUUCAGCUACUCUUUCACACUUUCCUGGUGCUGUCUUUCUUGUAUGCGCAUCAAUGUUAUUUGUUGCAACAUGUGCAGCAAUGUAAGUAAAACUUUGAUUUCUAUUAUUUUAGCAUAUUUUUGAUUAAGUAGGGUAACCAUGAUAGUAACAAAAACUUAUUUUACACUUCAUGGUCUUAAACAUAGAAAUUUUAAAUUUAAAGGACAUACAUCUUGAGAAAACUUUAUACAGUGUCCUAGUAGAAUAACUGUUUGAUUAGCUACAUUAUAUUUUAAUAAACAUGAGUACUCGGUAUAUUAUUAGAAAGUGGUACAGUUAUACACUGAAAUAUAUUGGUUAUUAUGAGAUAUUACUAGUUCUUAAUUUUAGUUGCUAGUUCUAAUCAGGGUGAAAGAAAUUAGAUUUUGAUGUUUACAUAUUCCUGUGAUCGAUCUAAUUGGAUUUCGUAUUAGAGGGAAUAAGCUAUUUAGUGGUUGAUUAAGUGACUACAGUCAAUGUUAUUGAUGAGUCAAAUCAUUGUCAUAAAGGUAUUACAAACCGUAAUAAACUUUAAUUUGUGAAAUAAUACUACAUUCAAGAACCAUAAUUUAGCAACUAUGAAACUCAUGUUAAAACUAUGAGACUGCCACAAACAUAUAUCACCAUUCUCCCCAAGCUUUAAAAUGGGAUGAAUAUUAGGAAAGUUGGAACUUUCAGAAUACUUUAUUUAUAUCCUUUAUUGUAUAAUUAGUUGAUAUUACAUUUCUAUAUUCGCCUCAUGGUAAAUUUAAAUAAUAAUUCAAUGAUGAGUAGCUAACAAACUGACAUUUAAUGGUUCCGUUUAAGUAAAUUUCUCAUGUAAAGACUGGAAAACGCUUACAAACAAGAUAAGCUUCAAACAUGUUCUUCUUUUAAUAAAAAAUUGCAUAAGAUGAAAAUCAGCCGAAAAUUACUCGAGGACAUGUCCAAUUAGUUGUUUAGGGAAGCUUUGAAAUUAUAUGUAUCAUAUCGAAGACAUGUUGACAGAUUUAUUCAUAAUCAAAUCGUUGUAUUUUAGAGAUUACUAAUAUGUUGAUUUGAAGUAUAUUGAAGCAUGUGAAAAUUAAUCUAUGAGUAAAUGAUUGCUGAUAAAUAAAUUGUAAUCAUAAGGCUCACAAAAAUGUAAACUUUUUCUUUUACCUGAUCUUGAAACUUUCAAUUUUAUAGAGUUGUAGAGGCUACUACUGUUUAUUGAGAAGGAAGCAUUUAUAGGUGUACAGAAAUCUUGCAUUUGUAUCUUUUUCAAAAACAUCUAACCAAAUUUUGAGAAACAUUUCAAAAUUUAGGUUACAUAUGAGUUGUUUUUACAGACUAGCAUUAAACUCAGUAACAGAUAGUUCUAUCAAUUACACGACUUUUCGUCUCAUCAGAAUAAUGGAUGCUAAAUUAACAUUUGAAACGAUGGGAGCGGGGAUUGAAUAUUAUUAUCAGAAAAGAGUUACAUUUAACUGACAAGUUGCAGAUAGAUCGAAAUAAGCAUCCUGAAUUCCAUUAAUAACCACAAUCAUAGAUAAUGCUCUUGACUUAUAAAAGCAUUAGUACAUAUAAAUGUUUUGAGAAUAUACACAUCCAAGAUGUACUUACGAUGGCUACAGCAAUAAAAUCAAAUAUAAAUGUACUCAGCAAAGGUGGACAGUGGUUAGCAGUGGAAUCCAAGACGCUCAUUUCAUCCUAUUUGAGACUCGUUAGCUGGAUGUACCUGCAUCUCAGAGUUGAUGUUCACUAUGGGACUCGAACACAGUAACAUUCGCUUCAAACACCAUCGCGUUAUCCACUCAGCUACAGACUGAUCAAUUGCAGUCUUAAAGCUCAAUAGGAAGAUACAAGCAAAACAAUCACAAGUGAAUAUAAAUGUACUAACUUUUGAAUACCUUAUAAAGUUUCAAUAUUUUAACUUGAUUGAAUCUUUUUGUUUGAUAUUGAAAAUCAAUUUUAGUUCACUUCCAUUCCUGGCGAAAUACAAAAACAUGAACGUGAGAAUCUAAAAAGAAAAAAAUAACAAUUACUGGUUGUUUUUAAAAAAAAAUUAACAAUGAUGAAAGUUGUCAACGUCCCUUAUACAUUAUUGUAUAUUCAUGAGAUGAUAUGAUCAUGUAUCUGUUUUAUCAUGCUAAAGAUUCGAACCAAAAAUGACUACUUUCAUUUAUUAGAUUGUAUUUUUUGAAAUUACUCUAAAUUAGCUUAAUGAUUACAUGGAAUGAAAGGACAAAAGUUGGUUGAUUUAUUCAUUAUGAUUUUUAUCCAACAUUAAUUCUGUUUGAUAAUCAAUCAGUAUAGUAUUUGUUUCGUUUAACCCUAUGACAUUUUAUUCUGUAUAAUAUACGAUAUUCUUGUAUGAAUUAUUUUUCAUAUAUGUGAUUUAUUCUGAUUAUUAAUCGAAAAUGGGUGUACAAACCAAUAUAUAAAUGAGUGUAUUUCCGACUAGACUGGUUGGUAUCGCUCGUGCUUUUGGAUAAUUGCGAAAUAUACUUCCCCGUUCCAAACUUGGACUUCUCUCUAGUUAGUGGGGACGGAAUGUAUCAGAAAUAUCUAGCUUAUUGGUCUUUGGUUACAGAGUCUUAGUUCCGUUCGCAAACAAGGUUUUCUGCAAUUUUUGAAAGAUUUUCCAUACUGGUUAUGAUAUCAGCACCAGUCGGGGUUAUCCGUCUCGUGGUUUAGAGACACAUCGCUUACGUGAAGUGCUUCUUCGAGGGGUAUGAGACCGUUUACGUUCGUUACGAAAAUUAAGAUAACGUGUAAGUAUGACAUAACUCUGUUAUGUCAUCCUGUGUCGUUCGACGCCUUUCUUUGACUGAAGAAAACUCGGCAUCAGAGGAUUUUGUGAUUUCUAAAAUGCGGUCGGCAGAUGCAGCCAGCUCGUCUACGGCGUUGUUUUGAAACGAGAAAAGCACAGCUUGCACCUGUUGAGCAGCUUUAGAUAAGAAAUGUUGUUUGAAUAGGCCAUCAUCGAAAGUUCUUUGGUCGAUAAACUAUCCGAUUCUUUGCAACAUGUCUGCACAGAACCGUGUUGCAGGUCGAUAUUAUCAAGGAAUUUGUCUAACCUUUGUCGAUCGGUUAGGUCUUCACGUUUAACGAUAGAUCGUUUAAGUGUUUCACAAAGUUCAGAAACAUCACUAGUAAACAUACUAGGUGUUACGUACCUGUUGAAUUCGUGCGGUAGUGCCUUGACUACUGCGAGGAAUUGUGCAUGUGUGUCGUUCAUGCUGUGCUCGUAGAAGUCUGCCUCUGCGUAACAGAAUUAGGCUUCGAUAUUGUCUGGUCAGAUAGGCAUUAAUUGAAACGAAGGUGGGGAUAUAGUCUUUAUCUUAAGUACCUUGAGUGUCUGUUGAGCCGUGGUGAAAUAUCAAGUAUGCGAAUGAACGAGUGAAAUAUAUAUAUAUAUAUCACAAUGUAUGAAAAAUUAAAAUAAGGCAAUGAGAUGUAGAAUCCCAAAAAGGAACAGACUCACAGUUUGUAACAUGGUGUACCAGAUAACGUUAGGCUCACCAAUGAAGAUGCCACAGGUAUUCGGAGUUUUACAACACUUUAACCAGUAACACCUAAUAUGAAUCGUACCCAACUAGUGAAAUCAAAAGACAAAAGCGAGGAGGUUCAAAAAUAUAUUUGAUAGACUAUCAAUAUAUUGAGGACCAUGUGAUCUAAUCUGGCUAGCGACUGCAGGGGAAUGUUGAGUACGGCGUUCUCACUCGUGAUUUCGUAAGGAUGCAUGACCGAGCGCCUUCAGCUAGGUGAGUCCAUUAAAACUAAUGUGGUCAGCAUCCAAUAUUGAAGACUUAAAGAGCUAUUUAUUUUGGGGAUUUAUUUACCGCUACAUCGUAAUCGCUUCAAACAUAGCACACAUUAAAUCUAAUUGUAAUUAAAGUGAAAAAAUUGUGUAAUAUUUGAAAAUAUGAAAACAUGUGUAAGAAUCCAUUAAACUUUUCAAAUUAUUGUAAUGCUUAUCAAAAUCCAUGAUCAUUUUGCUAAGCACAAAUAAAUUGUUAAUAUAACAGUGAAAUGCAUUCAUUAUCAAGAAUUGUAGUUCAUUGGUUUCUUUUAUUUAUUUAUUUGAACACAUUAAUUUUGAUACAAGUGAGCAAUGAAUACAUAUGUGCCGUACAAGUCACUUGAUUUGUGUGUGCGUUGUGAUACUGCCUGGGUGCUCAGACCGAGGCAUGAAUUACUGUUAACACUAUGGAGAUUGUAAAUGUGAAAAUAAUGAAAUCAUGAGGCUUUAUGAAAACAUCUUUUGAGUAAUAUGUAAUAUGUCAAUUUCCAAAAUUAACGGUACUAAUUUUGCUUGUUAACAAAAUUAAAAAAAGGUGAAAUUAGCCAUUGGUAUUUAUUUACUUUAAUAGGAAAGAAUCAUUUCGUUUAGUUUUGAAAUACUUUUUUAAGUAUAUCAGAAUUCACUAUUCUACUUGAAAUCCUAUUCCAUUGUCAGUCCAAUAUGUACUUUAUUAAUUAUAUGUUUUAGUCAAACUUAUUUUCAGUAAUUAUACAUAUUUCUUCGAGUUUAAUAAAACAGAAGUACAGUAGUCAGUAUAAAGUUAAAACUAUUAGUCAAGUGCUUUCUUCUAAUCCAGUUCUUAUAUGAUGUUCAAGAAAUUUGGGCUAUCGAUAGUCCUGGCACGAAAGAACUAUCCAUGAUAAAAUCAAGUGAACUUUAGGUUGGGUUAUGAUUAUUUGAAAUCUUAUUGAUUACUAAAAACUAUAAUAAUGGUUGGAGUAAAGUAUGUUCAUAAUAAUUUGUUUCGUUAAAAUGAUUCUUCUUUCAAUUAUAUGUAGUUCGUCGAUCAAUGAAACAAAGCGUUAAAUUCUGAGAAUCACGUUCACAUGGACGCAUCAAACGAAAGUAAGAUUAAUUCAAUAAUUGAUAAAUUAUUAUUUAUCACGUAUUACAUCUGAGUAAAUUUUACAGAAAAUAAAGUAAACACGCAGAUCAGGUUCAAAACUAUUUUUAACCUGAAGUAAAUUCAUUAUAUUGUAGUCAGCACCAUGAAGUCUAUGCUUACAUGUUAGCCAUUUAUGCCGUUAUAGUUUUAGGAUAUUUGUAAGGUAUCAAAUUAUAAACUGGAGACUUUUAAAUUAUGAAGUAGUCUGAGACUACAAAAGUUUUCUAAAUGAAGUCAGCCUACUUUCAAAUAGAUGAAUAUUAAACACUAAAUACGACUAAUAUUCAGUAAUUUAAACUCAUAGUAAAACAUCUUUUAUUCAUUAUGUUACUUCCUUGAUCCGUUUGCUAACUAAUAUAUACAAGAACAGCUGAAACUCGAAAAUGGCAAAAUAAAUGUCGUAAUUUUAUAAUAAUGUCCUGAAAAGUGAUUUGGUUUACGGGCAAAAUCUCUGGCCAGUUAGAGUAAGCGUCAGCGUAAACGAAGAAAUUGGUACCUUGAGAUGGGAUAACAAAAUCAAUAUGUACUUGCGAUCAAGGUUCAUUUGUAGAUGACCGAGAAUGGGAUUCCCUUGAAAAUGAAGCUCAUUUUCUGCAUAUACUCACUAACUCUUCGACGUACUCAUCAAAGUUAGGCCAACAUAUGGAUCCGGACGAUAGAAUUCACUCUUUAAAGACCUGAGUAUGCUAUAUGAUGUUGUUGCAGGAUGGAUGAGAGUAGGUUAUCUGAAACGACCACACUGUCGACACAUAAUGCAAUCAUUCAGAAUGGAUAGCGACUGACAUAGUUGAUAAUACUGCUUUAACACAUGACAUGUGACUCGUGGAGACAAAUCACCCCAGAUAAAUUUGGUUAGUUAUUGUAAAAUAGGUUCACAAUGAGCAUGAUCAACAACUUGAGCAGCCAUUACUGGGUAAAUCUGUGUUGGGAUCACCAACAUUCUGUUCACAUCUUCGUCAACUGAUAUAAAAGCAACGAUGAUAUUGGAUUCAGAUAUAUCAUGAAAAUAUAUUGUACCGGUGGAAUCAGAUUCAGAAAUAUUAUGAAAACGUAUUGAAUGGGAGGCAUUGUAUCUUUCUCUCCACAUCACAUUACUUGUUGUUUCCCCCAUGAAGAUACACUUUAGAACUAUUGAAACCUGGAGAUAUUUUUUAAUUCAAAUUAUGUCAAAUAAACUAAACUACUUAUUAGUAAACAGUACGAUCCAAAAGAAAAUACAUGUAAAUACCUUUGAUUCCGAAGAUGAUGAGGAUACAAAGAAACAUUGAAUUAGUAGUUAAUUCAUCACAACAGUUGAAAGACAAUAACAAUGACGAUGGUAAAACUUAAAUUCAGUUGCAAUCACACAGAAUGUUGUGCUUUUCACUGAUUAGUUAAAUUGGAAGAUGACUUCUGGCAUGAUAUCUACAAUAUAACUACGUAAGUAAUUGUUAAAGAAGUUACCUAGAGUACAACACAAAAGUGACUGAGACUAGUAAAUCUGCAUUCAGACCACUUCUGAGAGAGAUAGAAUGUAUGAAUACUUGAAUUCUGAGUCUAACAUUGUAUGAAAUUUAGAUAGCACUUUACCAUUGCUGCUGAAGUCGGACCUGAUAAAUGGAACUCGAUUGCAAACCGAUUCACUUAUAACUGCGCAAAUUUCUGAAUCCCAUUUUGAGAACGAAAACAGUGACUUUAUUUAGCUUCAUACUAAUAUGAUUUUCCAUAUGGCUAACCUCACGAUAAUCUGCAUACAGAAAACGUUUAACCAUGCUGAAACAGUUGGAGACAUCAUUUACAUAAGUUAUAAAGAUCAGAGAACUCAAAGCACUACCUUUCAUCAUAUCACUUGUCAUC